UCUAUUAUAUCAAAAAGAUAUCAGGGUUCGUGGUCAUUGGCAUUUCUGGUUGGUCGUUGCGUCAUGGGCUAAGCAUGGACAUUGCCAUCAUUAUAGACAGUCAACUGUACAGACUUGCAGCGGUGAUUCUCGUUGUUGCCGGCUGCAGUGUCGUCAUUAUUUCAAUCAUUGGAAUUGUUGGAAUCAGACAAGAAAACAAGUGUUUCCUCGUCGGAUACAUUGUAACGUUGAUAGUAAUCUUCUGCAUGGUAUUCGUAGCUGGUGUCUUUUCUGUAGCAAUUUUUACCCUGGCAGAAAACACUUUAGAGUUUCAGAUGCUAAAUACGCUAAACAGGCGAUAUGGUACGGGAGGCAACGAGGACGCAGAAGAUCCAAUGACUGCCGCAUGGAACAACAUCCAAGGAACAGUAAGCCUAUCAGAAACAUUGAAAAUCGCAUAAUUCCAUAAAAUCGUUUUUACGGAUAUCAUUACUUUGCGUAGCGAUUUCUUGGAAGCAAUAGGCCUACUUUUCAUUUCUGCAGAGGCGAAUCCAAUAGGGGCAUGGGGACAGGUGCCCCC